AUUUGAGAUUAUUUUAGUUAAAUGAUAAUGUUGAUAUUAUGUUGUCUUCUUGCGCAAUCUUCUUCUGUGGUCUAUCAAGUUUUGUUAGUUGUAAGUGAUAAAGGGAUAGACAUAGUUUUGCAUGUUUGCAAAGAAUACCCUUGCAAAACCUGUAUAAAUGUAGUUUUAUUCCAAAAUGUUGUAGGCGUGCUUAAAAGCAUGCAUCCCAGCUUGCAGCUCGUAUACCUCUAAUGAAGAAGCAUACAUAUUAAGAUGCGCAUGAUAAACAUAGAAAAAAUCCCAUGAAAUAAUGACCUCAUGCUUUGUGGCUUGCGACUCUCUGCAAAAAAUUAUCUAAAUUUGUUCCUUCGGAUAAUAAAAGUACAUCGUGAUUUGAUUUUUUUUUUUUAUGGUUUAAGACUUCUGAACAGUUAAUUCUUUGUAAUACUGCUGAUAAAAAAGUCUCAUAGUUUCUGGGGAAUUCCAUUGAAAUUCCAAUGUGUUUCUUGAAAAUAUAUCUUAUGGUGUUUCUUGUAUUGUUUUUGUUGCGGCCACAAAUGUUGUAUUGAUGUCCUUGAUUUAUUCUAUGUCUGGUAAUGCUGGGGAGCUUUGUUGUUUGUAAGGUAGGGGGCUUGUUGUUGCUUCUAAUAGGAAGAUGGCAGAUGAACAUAUUGUUCUCCUGGGAUGGUUUUUUGAUGGAAAGAAGAGGGAAGCAACAGCCAUUGAAAUCAUACAAGACAAAUGGAGGCCUAGGAUUGAGCUGCAAGAAAAUGGAGAUGAUAAUUUGGUGGUGGGAUUUGGUGUGGAUAAGACUUCAACAGAUGGCAUAUUUGAAAUCAAACUUGCGGAUGGAGAAUUAAAAGAAAUUUCACCAUAUCAUAUUCUGGUCGUCGUAACUAUUGACGGGCAUAUUGAUUUGUUUUGUAUUGCCAGGUGGUGUUUCUCCUCUAUUUUGAUUGGUAAAAUGUCCUGUUUUUAUUUUUGAAGUUGGGGGUUUCAUGUAUCUCUGAGAAGAUGGAUUGAAAUGGAUUGUGUUUUAAUUUUUUUUUUACGAGCGAUAGAAGCCCAAGGUUGCUUUGUUUUGAUUCUAGAUGGUACUGUUCGACUUUUUUAUUAUCUCAAUUUUUUUGCAGUAUUUCUGCACCACCAGCUUUUCCUGAGGUGCACUCUGAGCUGCCUGACAGUGUGCAGGAUGCAGGAGCAUGCACUUCAACAAUUUCAGAUGUUGGACAUGGAUUAUCUAAAACUGCAUCCAUUUCUUCUAUUCUUGAUACCCAGGAUGAUUCCAUGACUUCACAGGUUGAGGGAGUACUUGGUGGAGCUGAUGAAUCAGUGAAGAAAUAUACUGCUGGAGAGUCUGAGCCAAACGAGAAUUUGAGUUCCCCAUUUGUGUCAUAUCAAUCAUCAAAUAAAGUAACAACGAUGAGCUCAAUUACUUCUGACUAUGCAAGUCCAUUUACCUUUAACAAUGUAGAAUUGAAAAAUCAGGGGAUUUUGACAUCGGAAGGCCAUGAUAAACAAAGGUUUAGUACUACUGCAAGUCAAAAUCAAGGCACUGCUGGUAACAAUGCAGAUACUCUAAGUGGAGAGAAACCAAUAUCAGGAAUGUUUGAUAUACAAUCACCUCUAGUGCAAAGCUCUGCUCCUGGACUGAAAGAUUCUGCCAAUAUAGGUGUACUACAAAGUCUGUUUUGGAUACUACUGAUAUUGAAGUGAGGAAUAGCUCUAUGAUUAGAAGCAUCGCUGUUAACACAGCUGCUAUUAUGAAAUCAAAUUCUCUAGGUUUACUCAAUAGAGAUGACUCGGCAAAGAUUUCUGUGGACAAAACUAGAUCCAUUGGCUUUCCAACAGUUGCAUCUGAACCCCAGUCUGGUGGAAACUUCUUUGGUUUUAAAAAUUUUACUGGCCCAUCUCCAUUGUCAUCUUUGGCUUCUAAGGGAGACCACCUCUUCUCUAGUCAUCAAGGAAAUGAGAAAAAUAUUCUUUCAAGUUCACGACAGGAGGUUUCUUUGCCUAGGAUGUCUGGCUAUUAUAAUGAAGAAUUCAAGAUCAAUGGUAGAGGUCACAAGCCUCCCGGGACUGUGGACUCUGAAGUGGACUUCAUGAAGGAAUUUGGCAAUUUGUUGCUUGGAGACUGCAUACGGAAAGCAUUGUUAAGCAAGCUGCUGAUGACCAGUAUUGGAAGUCGUGGAACUGCCAGAAUUUGAGCCCCGAAUUUGAGCUGAAGAGAGAAAAUAAUGAAAGCGAGUCAGACAAAUCCAAUCCUUGCAUAGUUUAUACAACACAAUGAAUUCGCAAUUAACUGUAGCUGAGCGGCUUGCAGAUAUCCUCUCGGACCAAAUGUCUGCAUUAAAUAUUGAGGCUCCAUCUGUAAAGAGACGGAAUGCAGCAAAGGAGUUGUUUGAAUCCAUUGGUCUCACUGGUGGUAGUGACCUUUUUAAAUCCCCAGAAGUAAAAGAGUCUGAACAUUCUUCUUAUGCAAGCAAGAAAUUUUCUUCAUCCUCAUUCAGCUCAACAAAAGAGAGCCCUCCAAGAAAGUUGUCAAGUGCUCAACUAUUUGAGCCACAGACUGCAAGAAGGAGGAGAAACUCAAUGGAGAAGAGUUGGAUCAAUGUGGAGCCUCCCAAAACCACAAUAAAAAGGACUCCACGAGAGGAACCUUCUUCAGAUAAAUUAUCACUUGAAAAGCUUCCAAAUUUGCGAAACAGAGUUGGCUUCUCACCUUCUCGCCAGAAGGAGUUUACACCACCUGCUCGCCCAUUAUUUGCUUCAUCUCCUGACAAAGGGAUUCAGGAGAUGUCACCUGUCCAUGCGAUUGGCUCGGAGACACCUGGAUCCUCGACCUCAUUUUUCAAAUGGUCAAACUUCUGAACCAUUACAAAUAGCACAAUU